GAUCAGCCCGAUUCAGAGUGCGCAUACCUCUUGCCAUCGAGAAUUUGGGGGGAAUGGCUGUAUUUCGAUACAGCAUCACUGCCGGAGUGCGGGAGUCUGAAACUUGCAUCAUGCUGCAACGGCUGCGGCCGCAUCUGCAGCUAGCAAAGGAUGCAAUGGCAGCUGCUUUGCCACCACAGGAUUUCUGAGAGGCGCACGUCACCUUAUUUUUACGCCCGAUAUCCCAAAGUAGUCUUUGAAGGUGCCUCGGCUCAACGGCUGACUCAAUAUCUGUUCCAAUCAUGUCUAACCAGAUACCGUCGCUUCCGGCGACGUGCUGCAAGCCCCAGCCUGCGUGGUAAUGUCCCAGCCAGCCCUGUGGGAUGUUUCGGGACAGCUCUUGCGGCGACCGGGGCGGCUCGGCAUGCUCUCGUCCAGUCAAAGUGCCUGCAGAUUAUUGACCGAGACCGACGUGAUCACUCAUCACAGACGAACACCACAGCACCGUCAUUAUUCUCACAACUUCACCGAGGACCACUACUGCUACGAUAUCUCAGCCACGAUCAAGCAUGCACGUCUCGUCGAUUCCAUGGUCCAGAAGGCUAAGUAUUGUCUUUUUUUUCCUUUUCCAUUCCGAAUAUUAUUCAUUCCCUUUUCUUUAUAUUAUCAGCGCCACGCGAUGUCAUUACUGUGUUUUCUGCCCCGUUGUGUGCCCCCUGAAAAUGCCACAAGGCCGCCCACGACUACCUGGAACCGAGGCACAGC